AUGUCGUUUGUUGUCAGAUUGGGGACUUGUUCGUUAUGGCGUUGCGUUGGUUGUUCGCCUGCUGUACGGCUUCCAGCAGGCGCAUAUACCGGCAGGGCAUGGUUACAUAUAAGACGCCUGGCUACCACAAAAAGUGAAGCACCGAGUAACAAUGCGCCCUUGGAUUCCGGCGCACGCCCCCGCGACCUGGAGCAGAAGCCCGCUGCGGGCGAAUCGGGGCUGACACUGCCUCGCGAUGGCUCUCCCCUGCGCUGCACCGAGGACCAGUGGCUUUAUCGACCCACUUCAUCGGAGGUAGACCUGUUCCGCAACUCUACGUUGUUGCCUCCAAGGCCCAUAGAUGUGGAGGGCAGUGUGGUGGUUCGCCUUGUUGACCUUCAUGAGGGCGUGACGUCGCCCGUAGGCCAGUCUGUGUUUUACAGCGAAUAUGGAGUUAGGCGAGGAGAACUACUGCGUUUCAUGUUGCUGGGAUCAUUUUUUAUAUCUGUCUUUUGUUCGCUGGGCUAUUGGCAGUUGCGGAGGCGUAAGUGGAAGGUCGAUAUCCUAAACCGCCGCCGUGAGGCUCUAUCGCAACCCGUGGUUAAAGUGGAUUCGUUUUCACAGCUAGUGAAGGCUCUGGGCGCGUCUGAUGACGCUUGUUCGUCAAUCGAGUACCGAUGCGUUGAAUGCACGGGCGUUUUGGACACCAGCUGUUGUAUGCUGGUGGGCCCGCGCCCGUCGUUGUAUGAAUCGUAUGGAGGUUCUUCUGGCUACUGCGUGGUGCUUCCGCUGCGCUUUCGUGACGGAUCAUGCGUGCUGGUGAACCUAGGUUGGCUGGACAGCGAGAGUGCGCUGAACGGAGUGGGCUGUCCCGAGUUGGUAACACUGCGAGGCGUCCUGGUGGGCGGCGAGAUUAAUGAUUCACUGGUGGCAUCUGCGAAGCAGCGCAUCAUAGAUACAUACCAAGGCGUUCUAUCCGCAUUGUUGGGUUGGUCAUUUCCGUCUGCUUCGGCGUAUGUGAACCGUCCCCGUCGUUUGUCACGGAACGACUCGCGUAACGUGUACCGUUACCUGGAUCCGUCUAACAUGUCUAGCGAGGUAUAUUCUUCACCACUGGAUACGACUAGUCGUUACGCUUUGAACGCUUACGACGUGUUAUAUCACGACGAUGUCACGGCGCCCUCUGGCGACGACAGCACAUCGAACCCGGAAACUUCUGCGACUGAGGAACCUGCGUUUUUGCCCAAGUCGCGUAUCGGCCGUGAAGUUCGAUCGACACGGCCUCCCUACCAGCGCCGCCAAAAGUCCGACUACCUGCUGUUUUAUGCAGACCCCGAUACGCAUACAAACUAUGCGUAUCAGUGGUUUCUGAUGGCCGGCUCGAUCGCCGGAAUGUGUGCGUACAAGGUGUUUCGCGUGCGCCGAACGCUUCGCAGUGUAAUGUAG